AUUUUACUAAUUAAGCUGUAUUAUAUAUACCUCGUAUUGAAAUGAUAACUAGUAAACUAGCUAUCAUUUGGUUUUGAUCGAGCAAUACUCCGAGUUGUUAAAUGGCCAGAAAACAGUUACAUAUAAAAAUUAUUGUUUUUUAAGGAGGAAAAAAAAAAAUUGUAGCAUGGUAAAAAAAAAAAGCAAAAAGAGCUGAAACAUUAAUUUGUGACUUUUAUUUUUCUCUUUUUUGAAAUAGUAUAUAUCAAACUAAAGUGCUUGUAUUAUGUGUGUGUACUAAAAUAUUCCAUGAUUACUUUCAAGGGUUUUAUAAUUACUUCUUGAAGAAAAAACCCCAAUAUUUCUCAUCUCUUCCUCUUUCUCUCUCCUAAAAAAAAAAAGCAAAAAUCAUACAAUAACACCACUUGAAUAUUAUCAUUAUAUCAUGGAAAGAGAUCAUACUAGAAGUAGCACAAAUUUCCCAAACUAUGACCUCCACAUGUCCUUGAUUCAUUCAAAUAAUCCUUCUACUUCUAAUAAUACUACUAAUAAUCCUUCUAAUUUACAAGGGUUUCCUCAAUCCUUGGAAUUAUCUGAUCAUUCUAACCAUGUUAUGCUCACCACCUUCUUGAGUCACCACCACCCACCACCACCUCCGCCACCGCCUCCGUAUCAGAUCACGGAUCAUCGGGGAUCCGAUUCACACAGCAACAACACCGCGGCCACCACCACUACUAAGGGGCUUGUUGGUAAUUUUGAUAAUUAUGUCACUACAAGGCAGUCUUGGAAUAGUAGUAACAAUACUACUGAUCAACAGGUUGAAGGAUCAUCAGAUCCGAAAGCUUUUGCUGGGGACAACUCCAAUGGUAAUAAUGGCCGCGAUAACGAUGGAGCUGAGCAUUCUUGGUGGAAGAACUCGAGCUCAGAAAAGAACAAGAUGAAGAUAAGGAGGAAGCUAAGGGAGCCAAGGUUUUGUUUUCAAACAAGGAGUGACAUCGACGUACUUGAAGAUGGUUAUAAGUGGCGCAAAUAUGGUCAGAAAGUUGUCAAGAAUAGUCUUCAUCCAAGGAGUUAUUACCGAUGCACACAUAGCAAUUGUAGAGUGAAGAAAAGAGUGGAAAGGCUAUCUGAAGAUUGUCGAAUGGUAAUAACAACUUAUGAAGGCAGGCAUAAUCAUUCUCCGUUUGAUGACUCCAACUCUUCCGAUCAUGAUCAAUGCUUCUCUUCUUUUUAGUUAAUUGCAAUAAUAAUACUCCUAUGUUAUUAGUAUUAUUCUUAUUCUAUCAUGUCUAUAAUCAUAUACAGUAUCAUAUUAUUGUAUAAUAUGAUGCCAAAUAUUUAGCAGUACGUACCUAUUAUUUGUAAGGAAAAAGUAGAGAGCAUGCAUAUGUAUAAGAUAGUAUUCGAUUUUCUUUAGUCUUUAGGUGUGUAGUACAAUUUUGAUAACAUAUAAUCGUGAUAUUAAAUAUCAAUAUGUAUACAAGUACCUUGAAUGAAAGUACGUGUGAUUCCGACGAUGCGUACUAACUACUAAGUGGUUAU